ACUGGUUAUACAGCGUAGCUGGUUGAAGGUUUGAGCAAAAUGAGUGGGAAUCAUUAUGAGUGGCAGCUGUUGAAUGGCAAUCAGUGGCUGAAAAUAGAGAACGAUCAUGUGAUUGAGACUCACUACUGUCAGGCCGGAGCAAAGGGAAUCACCAUCAACACAAGCUUAGGGAAGGUUUUUAUAGACUUCGAUGAGCUGAAAACUGAUAACGCAGCACUUAGGGUGCAGAGACUGAGCUUUUUUCCUCAAGGUCAGACUGAGGACAUCGGCUGGUACUUCAGAGACGAUAACCUGUGGCGUGAAUAUGGAUCACAGAGCUCAAACAUGUCCUCAUCAUCAAUCAACAGCAAAGACAUUGAGACACAUUUCACUCAGAAUCCUCAGGGAGUCCUUCAAUUCAGCGUCGGCCAGAUUACUUAUUCCCUGGACUUUUCCACCAUGACACAAACCAACCAAACCACUGGCUUACGCAGAAAUGUGCGCAGGAGACCUAAGUUUACUUUAAGCGAAACUAGCAGCAUUAACUCAUCCCCACCCCUGCCUCUCGCUUCACAACCCCUCCUCCAUAACCAAAGCUUUAAGUGGGAAUUCAUGGGAGAAGAAGGACAAUGGACAGAAUACCAGGCGCAUAUAUGUUCACUUGACAGCAGUGCCAUCGAGAAACAAUACCAGCAGAACCCACAGGGCCAGAUCCAGUUCCACACUAGACAUUUCUCAUAUACGCUGGAUUUAGCAAGUAUGUUUCAAGUUAAUAAUAAUAUCGGGACAAAAAGAAGCGUGAGGAGGAGUCCAGAUGAUAGUGCUCAGAGAAGCAGCAGUUUAGGCACAAAUGUUCGUUGGCAGUUUAAAGAUAUCGAUGGGAUAUGGAAAGAUUAUUCCAAAAGUUUUGGUCAGUGCACCAUUACAAGUGCAGAGAUCGAACUCCAGUACCAGCAGAACCCAUCAGCCACCAUGUUUUUUAACACCGCCAGAUUUAGUUAUGAGCUCAACCUGUCAGCCAUGACUCAGAGGAACCUGUCCACAAACACCAUCAGGUCAGUGAAACGAGUCCUCCAGUGACCAGGACGACCUGUUCGGAGUGAGGAAAAAUCUUUGCACAUAUUAUAAGCUGCUUUAAAUUGAUUGAAGCGUUUACAGGAAUGCAAGCAUUAAUGGAGUUGAGAUGCUAAUCUGCUUCCCAUCAACUUUAAGGUUUUCAGGUUUACUUUCUGCACAUUUUUUAUAAAUGUAAUUUUCAAAGGGCUCUUAAGGUUUAUGUCAAAUUCUAAUGGUUUGUACUAUAUCCUGAUUUUAAAGUGUAAAAAAUACAUUCAGUUUCUGGCAGAUCUUGGUUAUUUUAAGAAUAAAAUACUGAAGAUGUAGAUAAAAAUUGAGACUGAAUAAGAAAAGGAGCAAGUAGGGAGGUAGCUUCAUGGAUUUGUUAUUGUUUUAGAUAUCUAGAAGCUGAAAAACGUCAUAUUUGUUCUAAGUCUGUAGCUCUAAAGUUUUUUUAAUUGAAAACAACCUGUAAUCUAGACAGUCUCAUAUGGAUUAGACCCAUUGCUCCUGUAAAAUAGCUCUUGCUAAUAAGCAUCAUGUUAUUUAACUAAACUGGGUUCUUGGGUAAACAUUGAUGAUGCUACAGAUAGAGGUAACAUUUGCAUGUUUUGUAUUUUUAAUAACCUCAAACAUCUUUAAUAAAU